ACUCGACGUGCGCGUUCACCUUGACCCCACGCUCCAGAGCGCGCCCUGCAGCUAGGAGCUGAGGUUUCUGGGUCCCCCGGGAACCCCAACACAAACCAGCGUAAAGCGCGCGAGCCCACCUCAGGUGGAUAUUCGGUGGGUGGCGACUGCGUGCCCGGGACCUGCGGGAGCAUUAGAGGGCCUUGGUGCGGAGACGCUCAAGAGGCUUGGAGAACUAGUCUAGGUUCACAUUUACCAACCAAGAAAACGUGACAAUGAGCAGCCGACGGAAACGUGCUCCUCCAGUGAAAGUAGAUGAAGAAAAGCAGCAACAGCUUCGUUGGAAUAUGCAUGAGGACAGAAGGAAUGAACCUCUCCUCUUAACUGACGACGAAUAUCCCUGCCCAGGUUCAGAUUCCUCUUCUGCUCAUUGCAUCAUCUUAGAUGAUAGUGUAGAGGAAGAAGUGGCUCACACAGAUAAAAAGAGAUGUUUGGAGGAGGUGAGCGUCUCAAAAUCAAUCGAUAAGGAAGAGGCUGGUGACAGUUUUUCCCCGUUGUCUGUAAAGCUGAAUAUUGUGAUCUCUCCUCAUCACUUCGAUAAUUCUUGGAAAGCAUUUCUAGGAGAAUUAACUCUUCAGCUUCUUCCUGAACAGAGUUUAAUUGAAAAUUUUUCUGAAAGGAGUUUUACAUUGAUGAGCUCAGAGUCAAGCAACCAUUUCCUGAUCUGCGUUCAUUCAGAAUGCAUAGAUGAAGAGAAACAAGAAAAAGGACUCAACGAGCAAAUCAGUAUUUGUGACAAGAGCAUUCAAGUGGAAUCAUCCUUCAGUGGUGAAAUGUUAGAAGAUUUGGGGUGGCUGCAAAAGAAAAGAAGGAUAAAACUUUACCAAAAACCAGAAGGAAGUCACACUAUCAAGGUUGGAAUUUAUCUUUUGGAAAAUGGCCUAGCAAAACUAGACUUUUUGAGUGAGGCAAAUUCAAGAAUGAAAAAAUUCAAUCAACUCAUGAAGAGAGUGAUGGAAAAGUUAUACAAUUUUUUUCCAGAAAAUGCCCUACACUUCUUAUGGCGAGAGAUUGUUACAUCUGAUGGUUUGAAACUCUAUUACAAUCCUUACACAGGCUGCAUCAUCCGCGAAUACCCAGCUGCUGGGCCACAAUUGCUUGGUGGAAUCCUAGCGGAUGAGAUGGGUCUUGGAAAGACAGUGGAGGUCUUGGCUCUGAUUCUGACACAUACUCGACAAGAUGUCAAACAAGAUGCUUUGACUCUUCCUGAGGGAAAAGUGGUGAAUUAUUUCAUUCCAUCCCAUUAUUCUGGAGGAAAAGUGAAAAAUACAGAAACCCAGAAUAUGGAAAUUGAACCAAAAGAAAAAAUUCAGUGCCCCCCUACACGUGUGAUGAUCCUGACAGCUGUGAAAGAAAUGAAUGGAAAAAAAGGAGUUUCCAUCCUUUCCAUCUAUAAGUAUGUCAGUUCUAUAUAUCGAUAUGAUGUUCAGCGGAACAGGAGUCUUCUGAAACGGAUGCUGAAAUGUUUAAUUUUUGAAGGUCUUGUGAAACAGAUCAAAGGCCAUGGUUUUUCUGGGACUUUUACAUUGGGGAAGAAUUACAAGGAAGAGGACAUACAUGAUAAAACAAAAAAACAGGCAGUGUGGAGUCCAAGGAAAAUUCAGAAAGAAUCCAGAAAAUUAGGGAGUAAGGACACAGAUUCUGAAUACUUGCCACCAAACACCUCUGGUGAUGACAAUGAUCCUUACUAUUACUAUGACAAGGCUGGGAGAAAUAGUAGUAAAAUUAGGAAAAAGCCCGUUCCAUCCACGGAAAAGGGAAAAAGUCAGCCUAACCUUGAUCUCAACUCAGAAGAUCACUGCCCCGCUACCAGUGACUCUGGAGUGACUGAUGUUACCACAUCUGAAAGUACAUGUGUCCUUGAGGUCAAGCAAGAACAUGCAGCAGAGAACCAAGUGGAAUCGCUAAACCCCGCUGGGGCUGAUGGGUCGCAUUCUAACCUUGUGAGUCCCUGUGAUUCCUCCGAUUAUCGCUUUGAGUGCAUAUGUGGUGAACUGGACCAGAUGGACCAUAAGCCUCGCGUUCAGUGCCUGAAAUGCCACCUGUGGCAACAUGCGAAAUGUGUGAAUUACGAAGAGAAGAAUCUGAAGAUUAAGCCUUUUUACUGCCCCCACUGCCUUGUUGCGAUGGAGCCAGUGUCAACACGAGCGACUCUGAUCAUCUCGCCGAGCUCCAUCUGUCACCAGUGGGUGGAUGAAAUCAACAGGCAUGUGAGCUCGUCGUCUCUUCGGGUGUUGGUAUAUCAAGGAGUGAAGAAAGAUGGCUUUUUACAGCCUCACUUUUUGGCAGAACAGGAUAUAGUCAUUAUCACCUAUGACGUCCUCCGUUCAGAACUGAACUACGUAGAUAUCCCGCACAGCAACAGUGAGGAUGGCCGCCGCUUGCGCAACCAGAAGCGGUACAUGGCCAUCCCCAGCCCCCUGGUGGCCGUGGAGUGGUGGAGGAUCUGCCUGGAUGAGGCCCAGAUGGUCGAGUGUCCCGCUGUGAAGGCUGCAGAAAUGGCUCAGCGCUUGAGUGGGAUUAACCGAUGGUGCAUCAGUGGCACUCCCGUACAGAGAGGAUUGGAGGAUCUUUUUGGGUUGGUGGUCUUUCUGGGUGUUGAACCUUAUUGUGUCAAACACUGGUGGGUUAGACUCCUGUAUCGCCCUUACUGCAAGAAGCACCCUCAGCUGCUGUACAGCUUCAUUGCCAAGGUUCUGUGGAGGUCUGCAAAGAAAGAUGUGAUUGACCAAAUCCAGAUACCUCCUCAGACAGAAGAAAUCCACUGGCUCCACUUUUCUCCGGUGGAAAGACAUUUCUAUCACCGUCAGCAUGAGGUGUGCUGCCAAGAUGCAGUAGUAAAACUCAGGAAGAUUUCCGACUGGGCUCUGAAGCUCAGCAGCCUGGACAGAAGGACUGUCACCUCCAUCCUGUACCCGCUGCUGAGGCUGAGGCAGGCCUGCUGCCACCCUCAGGCUGUUCGCGGGGAGUUCUUGCCACUCCAAAAAAGCACCAUGACAAUGGAGGAGCUGCUGACAUCGCUGCAGAAGAAAUGUGGAACUGAAUGUGAAGAAGCUCAUCGGCAGCUAGUUUGUGCCCUCAAUGGCUUAGCAGGCAUCCACAUCAUUAAAGGUGAAUAUGCAUUGGCAGCAGAACUGUACAGAGAAGUGCUGCGUUCAUCUGAGGAACACAAAGGAAAACUCAAAACCGAUUCACUCCAAAGACUUCAUGCUACCCAUAACUUGAUGGAACUGUUGGCAGCCAAGCAUCCAGGGAUACCUCCUACCUUGCGAGAUGGCAGGCUUAAGGAAGAGGCCAAACAGCUGCGAGAGCAUUAUAUGAGUAAGUGUAACACAGAAGUUGCCGAAGCCCACCAAGCUUUGCUUCCUGUGCAGCAGACCAUACGUGAGCUCCAAAGAAAGAUUUAUUCUAAUUCUCCUUGGUGGCUAAAUGUGAUCCACAGAGCAAUAGAAUUUGCUAUUGACGAGGAGCUUGUUCAACGAGUGCGAAAUGAAAUAACCAGCAACUACAAGCAACAAACUUGCAAACUUUCUAUGUCAGAGAAGUUCCAUGACUGCAGAGGUCUUCAGUUCUUACUUACAACACACAUGGAAGAGCUAAAUAAAUUCCAGAAGCUAGUAAGAGAGGCUGUAAAAAACCUGGAGGGUCCUCCAUCUCGUGAUGUUAUCGAGUCUGCGACAAUCUGCCACCUCCGACCAACCAGACUUCCUCUCAACUGCUGUGUCUUUUGUAAGGCUGAUGAAUUGUUCACAGAGUAUGAAUCGAAGCUAUUUUCUCACACAGUUAAAGGCCAGACUGCAAUAUUUGAGGAGAUGAUAGAAGAUGAAGAAGGACUGGUGGAUGAUCGAAUACCUACCACCAACCGGGGUCUGUGGGCAAUAAGUGAGACAGAGCGAUCUAUGAAAGCUCUACUAUCAUUUGCAAAAUCACAUAGAUUUGAUGUUGAAUUCAUUGAUGAAGGAAGUACUUCAAUGGAUCUCUUUGAAGCUUGGAAGAAGGAAUAUAAGUUGCUUCAUGAAUAUUGGAUGGCUCUGAGGAAUCGUGUGUCUGCUAUUGAUGAACUUGCAAUGGCUACAGAACGACUAAGAGUCCGUCAUCCUAAGGAGCCAAAGCCCAGUCCUCCCGUUCUUUACAUCAUUGAACCACAUGAGGUAGAACAGAAUCGGAUAAAGCUACUAAACGAUAAAGCUGUUGCUACAUCACAGCUUCAGAAAAAACUUGGGCAGCUCCUUUACCUAACUAACUUGGAGAAGUCUCAAGACAAAACGUCAGGAGGUAUUAAUCCAGAACCUUGUCCAAUCUGUGCUCGGCAGCUGGGAAGACAGUGGGCAGUCUUGACCUGUGGGCACUGUUUCUGUAAUGAAUGCAUUUCAAUUAUUAUCGAGCAGUACAGCGUGGGGUCUCACAGAAGCUCCAUUAAGUGUGCCAUUUGCCGCCAGACCACAUCUCACAAAGAAAUCUCGUAUGUCUUCACCUCAGAGAAAACCAGCCAGGAGGAGGACAUCCCUGUGAAGGGUAGCCAUUCUACAAAAGUGGAAGCUGUGGUCAGAACUCUAAUGAGGAUCCAGCUUAGAGAUCCAGGGGCUAAAGCACUCGUUUUUUCAACGUGGCAAGAUGUGUUAGAUAUUAUUUCAAAAGCUCUCACUGACAACAACAUGAAAUUUGCACAGAUCAGUCGUGUCAAGACAUUUCAGGAGAACCUUUCAGCAUUUAAACAUGAUCCACAAAUCAAUAUUUUGCUGCUGCCCCUGCACACAGGUUCUAAUGGAUUAACUAUCAUUGAAGCGACUCAUGUUCUCUUGGUGGAGCCCAUACUGAACCCUGCCCAUGAGCUGCAGGCCAUAGGAAGGGUGCACCGAAUUGGACAAACCAAACCCACUAUUGUACACAGAUUCUUAAUUAAAGCAACAAUAGAAGAAAGAAUGCAAGCAAUGCUGAAAACUGCUGAAAGGAGUCACACAAACUCGUCGGUGAAGCAUUCAGAGGCCUCUGUGUUGACCGUGGCUGACCUGGCAGACCUCUUUACCAAAGAAACGGAAGACCUUGAGUGAAGUCACCACUUGAUUCAACCUGCAAACUUUAAUGUAUUUUAAAACUCAUAGCUUGUAGAUCAAAGUUAUAAGUAAAAUAUCCAGUAGAUGUCAGUACAUACUAUUCUUAGUUGAAUGAAUUUCUUUCUUUCUUGGUAGAUAUUGAGUCCUUUUCAAUAUACUGUUUCCAGAAGAUCUAUAAAGAUUUUUAAUUUUUCACUCCUAAUAAAACAUUUAUUUUUGUUCCAAAAAUUAUCUAUAUCCGAGAGAAUUAAGAGAGGUAAUAUGUACUUUUCUUUUGAUAAGUUCAGUCUUAAAAAGAGUUGGAAUAAGAAACAAAGAAAGCUAACCCAGUUUUCUAUGACCUGUUCUAUUCAACCAACAUGAAUCUCAUUUUUGGAAGAGCCUUCAGUAUCUUUAGCACAUGAGUCACCAAUUCUUGUUAGUAAUAUUUUAAGUAGAUGGGGAAUUACAUUAACUCCUAAUUAUUUAAGUAGGUUUAUACUGUAACUCCAUACAUAGUAACUUUACAGUAAUACAACUCCUAACAAUAAGUUAGUAUUAGGCAAUGAUUUCUUUGUAUCUUGCUACAAAAAAAGUGAAACACUGAUCACUUCAUGUUUGUAUUACAUGUUAAGUGGUGUCGUGUAAGGAGUUAACUUUAAAUUGCAUUUCUCAGUACAUUAAUGUUUACCUUAAAAUUAAACUACUUUCUCUACUUUUAAUUUUUCUUAUUUAUUUUUUUUACAUACCUUAAGAUUGAUGUAUCUGUAAAUACUGCAAUUUUUGUAAUUUUAGUUCUUAUCAUUAUAACAUGGAAAUAUGGCAGGCUUUUUUAAAAUCAUUAUUAUACUGAUGUCUUCUUUCUUUUCCUUUCCCAUGUUCUUAUGUAGCUAGACGUUUAACCACUAAUAUCUAAAUUUAUGAUAGGGUUUGUUAUUUUCUUCCGCUAGUACUUCUCUCAAGAACUAGUACUUUAUCUUUGGAACAAGAGAAUGUCAUAUUUACAUAAGCGAAUAAUUGCAAGUGAUAAUAACAUAGUGUUUCUUCUUCUGUGAAGAAUUAAUGGACUUUGAAAUUUCUAACUAAGGAGGAGCUUAUUGUAUCCUAGCUGUUCGAUGCAAUACAAAUGUUCUUGUUUUGUUCUGUUUUCUUUGAGCCUUCAAAAUUCUAAUGACCCUCAGGACUCAUUAGCUUCUCCUUAGCUACCCAGAAAACCAUGAUAGAAACAUCCCCUGGAUCACAUUUGUCCGAGAGGCUUUGGUGCUUAGUUCAGGUGCAUUUUCCUAUUCUAGGUUUGACAUAAUUCAACUGAAGAAAAUACACACACAUUUUUGGUGCUUAUUCUUCAGUUAAAGGAGAUACGCAUUGAUUCUUUUAUAUGAAAUUAAACAGAACUAUUAAUUUUAUAGCUCUUUAAUGUUUUAUAAAGAGCUUUCGUGUAUAUUCACAUGUUUAAUUUGCCCAGCAGUCUUGUGAAAUUGAUAUAAUCAACAUCAUUCCUGUUUUAAACGUAAAGAACUGAGGUUCAGAACUAUUGAGAAACAUGCCUGUGAGAUGGAACAAGUUAAAUACUGGAGCUCAGGUACCCUGACUCCAAAUUUCAUAUUGUUUUUCUAACUCAUCUGUCCGACUGAGAGUCAGAAGGUCAGUGGUUGUAAUUUCAUGAGCAAUUUCAGUAUUUCUGUUUGUUUCUUAGUAUUCUUUUCUGAGCUAAGUUUUAGGGAAAACAAUUUGAUAUGCUUCAAUUUUGUAAAAAAGAAAAAGCAUAUAUAUAAAUAUGCCUAUCUGUAUUAGAGGGAAAACUGCUCUUAUUUCUGUAAGCUGUCAUCAAUUAAAUAAAUAUUUUAGUGGAAGUUGAAAUUUGGGGAUUUAUUUAAUUUCUGAGCCAUAGGACAUAACAAUGUGGUUGUUUUGUUUUUUUGUUUGUUCACUUUGGCCUCUCAGCAAAAGAUGUCAACAUCAUUUAUACUACAGAACCCCAUAUUUCACAGGCAUUUGUUAUUUCUUCAAAAUGAUUGUGGCAGUUCUUUCAAAUAAUUGUUCCAAACAAAUACAGAUCUAACCCCCAUGUCUUCUUGGCCGCAAACAAAGGACUUUUUUGUUUCCUUCUUCCAUCAUUUUAUAUUCUCAGAAAUAUCACUGUGCUUAUAAAUCGUUCUUGUUAGGUAGGUGCUGUACUAAUGAAACAGUGAGAAAAAAAUGAGGUAGUUCCAAUUCUUAGCUUAAAUGUUUUUGGAUGGAGGAAGCAUUCUCUGUUAGUGACUCAGGUGAGCUUAUAGGACUGAAAAGACUUAUUUAUAUACAGUGUAAAAUACACAUACCUAAUUCCAGAAUCUUUUGCUUGAAACCCAGACAGCUUUACUGUUUAUUGCAGUUUUAGCUUCUCUUUUUGUAUGUGCUCUCGGCAGAAGAUCCAAACAUUUGAUUUUAGGGAUUGGUCUCUUUCAUAUCACAUUACCCUGUUUCCCCAAAAAUAAGACCUAGCGGGACAGUCAGCUCUAAUGCGUCUUUUGGAACAAAAAUUAAUAUAAGACCCGGUAUUAUAUAUUAUGUUGUGUUAUAAUUAUACGUGGUCUUAUAGUUAAAAUGAGACCGGGCCUAUAUUAAUUUUUGCUCCAAAAGACGCAUUAGAGCUAGAUCUAGCUAACUAGAUCUUAUUUUCAGGGAAACACAGUAAUAACAACAAACUAAAAACUCUUGAAAUGAUAAAUUCAACAUGUAAACCACAAAUACUUUACAAAUAAUUGUUAAACCUAAUGGUAGUUAUCAAAAUAUUUAGGAACUGAAUUUAGCAAUGCAAGAUUAAUCAUCGCCUCAAGCUACCCUUUCAGGUGGACAAAGGAAGAAAUUGUGUUUUUAAAAUCUUCUCCUGCUUUCAUUUACUAAUUCUCCCAACAUUUAGUGUGCUCGAGUUCUUUAUAUUUAUUAAACCACAGGAUAACCUUUGAGAAAUGUAAAAAUCACCUAUGCGGAGUGACCUCAGGUUUAGCUAAAUUGAAUAAAAAGUACCUUUCAGUUUUUCUAGAAUUUAAACAAAAUCCCACAAUAAUAUGCCAUUUCAUAAUUUUUAACCGGCAUGUCAAUAUAAAAAUGAAUCAUCAUUAAAACAGUACAGUACAAGCAAUACACAUUAAGCCUAGCUGCUCUGAUAAAGGAAAUCUAAUCUUCAAUAAUGUUCCUUCAAAGUAGGAUCAAUUAACUCUGUAUUUUAUAAAAUUGUGUCAAAUGUCUGAGAAUCUCCAUGUAUUUCCGUUACAUUGUGCAGCCAUAUGAAUGUUAUGACGUGUAGGGUAGAAAAAAUGAACCCCUUACAAGCCUUCCUGUAGAGGGAGGACUAUGAGUGAUUGAUGACCCCAAAGGGGAUUCAAGUCUCACGAUAGGUAUGUGGUGGUACAGCGUUAUAGAGCAGAUGGUAGGUAUCACAUACGGAAAGCAGCAGGAGAACGUGGCAGGGACCAAAGGUGCCGUCUCUAGCCUUCCCUUGCCUUCAGUCAGCGUUUCAGGGACUGACUCAUCUUUGACAGUCCCACACCGUCCGUUGGAUCCUACUUCCUUAUUUAAUAUCAGUGACUCUCAAGACUGAUGUUCAUUGAAACUGAUUUUGUUAUGUUGAAACCAAAUCUUUUGUACUGGAGCUUAUGCUUUUUUCUUGCAAAAUAGAAAUAAAAUUUAACCCCCAUUGUCGGUGUAAUGGUCCUUUGUUCAGGGGACUGUUGUUAUGAAGUUGUUCAGUAACUUUCUGCCUGUCAAUAUUCCAUUUUUCUUAAAGGUCUUCCCCUUCCAACCCUUGUGGUACCUUUGUCUCCUGGAAACCUGCUCUUAGACUCCACACCCCUGAUAGACACUAUCUGAAGAACAGUUUCGUCCAAGGACAUACUUUCGACAUGUGGGAUGUUUUCAGCUCUGUGAGUGGUGUGAAUGACCAUGUGACCCCUCCAGUGCCUUAGGGAGCAAACAUUUGUGCCCAAAUUUCCUUAGAAAUCGAGUGUCUCCUCACUUUAUUUAUUUAGGGAUGUCUACUGAGAUUACCUAUGUUUAUUUUCUUUCAAGACCAUUUAGUUUAUAUUUCCCACACCCCUGAUUCUGUACUCAGACCUAUAAAAAUACCAUGUGACCCUUCUGUUUCCCAGCUUCCAGUAGUCAAGUGAGUGCUACGCCCAGUUAUUUCUCGACUCUUCGUAAAAAUUUCCAUUGACUAUGAUGAGAGUAUUACUGCCUGUUGAUCAUGUUAAAUCUGUUUUCCGUUGGCUGUCACAGAAUGCUGUCUUCUGUGGUAGAUGCAAACCUAUGUUUUAAAAGGGAGUGUAUUUUAGUGCCUGAUCUUGCUUUAUUAUAUCAGACUGUUUAUUAAUGAUUAGCU